AGUCCUUUUCAUUCCCUAUUUUAUUAGUUUUGUAGAAUCCUUCUAAUUCAAGAGCUAACAACUACGUGGGGAGCAACUUUUCAUUUAUAUAAAAAAAAUUAAUGCACCUCAACACCUUCCAUUUGUCAUAUACAAAGUUUGUCUCAAAAUCUUAGCUUAGUCUACAAAGAUUUUAUGGUCAUGAGCAAAAGCUUUAGUCAUUUGUCUAAAGCUUUUGGCAAAUAUUGUGUCGUAAAUCAUUUGUAGACUAAUCAAAAGCUUUAGUCGUCAUGAGCAGAAGAAGUUUGGAUAUGGAGCACUUGUGUGCUUCUUGCUCAUGGUUUUGAGUCUUUGUAUAGUGUUUAAACCUUACUUGGGUCCUAUACAUGAUUGUGAGUACAAGCAUGCCUGUUUUUUUUGUUCUUAGUUUUUUGGCAUGAAAUGCAGAUAAAUCUUAAUAUGGUUCUAAAUCGCGAUCCUCGACUGAAUUUAAGGCCGCAAUAUAACGGUUUUAAAUAUCUCUGCAAAGACAUUGCAACCACAAUUGCAUUUGCGUUAAACGCAUUAGUCUGCAUUUUACCGUUAUAUAAAGUGAACCUGAAACUCUUUGUUGGUGAUGACACCAAAAUGCUGAUGCUCAAUGACACCAGUAGCUCUCUAAAAAUAGCCAAAGACCUUGUAACACAAGUACUUGUUGAAGAGACUAGAAGUUCUCUACAUGUGAUUGAAGAUGAAAGAGUUGUGCCAAAGAAUACUGUCAAUGCCACUGGAAUAUCUCAACAAAUAGCUAAAGUUGAAGAUAAUGCAACAAAGAUUUUCAUCAAUGACACCAGCAGCUCUCCAACAAAAGUUGAAGUUGAAAAAUUAGAAACAAGAAAAGUGGAGCAACCACUGUGUGUUUCAGAAGUAAGAACAGAAUAUUGCCAAACCGAAGGAGAUAUCAGAUUGCAUGGAAAAUCCUCCAAUGUUUACAUUGCAUCACGCAAAACAACCAUCUUGGCUGAAAACAUGUCAUGGAGUAUAAGACCUUAUGCUCGGAAGAGUGAUGCAUAUGCAAUGAGUAAUGUAACAAAAUGGUCAGUAAAAACUAGCCAACAAGUCCCACAGUGCACCAAAAAUCACAGCAUUCCAGCAGUAAUAUUCUCUACAGCAGGAUACACUGGAAACCACUUCCAUGAAUUCAGUGACAUUAUGAUUCCACUUUUUUUGACUUGUAGACAAUUUAAUGGACAAGUUCAGCUUAUCAUAACCGACAAGAAGCCUUGGUGGAUUGUCAAACACCAAGCCUUUCUUAAAAAGCUGUCAAAUUAUAAGAUUAUGGAUAUUGAUAUAGAUGAUGAAGUGCAUUGUUUCCCAAGGGUGAUUGUAGGCCUUAAAAGGUAUUAUCAAGAGCUAAGCAUUGACCCUCAAAAGUACUCCUAUUCUAUCAAAGACUUCAGGGAUUUUUUGAGAAGUUCUUAUUCAUUAAAGAGAGAUAGUGCAAUCAAAAUCAGAGAUGGUAAUAAAAGUAAGAAGCCUAGGCUCCUAAUUCUCUCAAGAAAAACAUCAAGAUCCUUCACCAAUACAAAUCAAAUAGCAAAAACAGCUAAAGGGUUGGGGUUUAAAGUAAUUGUUAUGGAAGCAGGGAGGAAUAUGUUGAGUAUUGCAGAUGCUGUGAACUCUUGUGAUGUACUAAUGGGAGUUCAUGGUGCUGGUCUUACUAACAUACUUUUCCUUCCUCAAAAUGCAAUUUUCAUUCAAAUUGUGCCUUAUGGUGGGAUGCAAGUGGAAUGGCUUGCCACAAAUGAUUUUGCAAAGCCAUCAGAGGAAAUGAACAUAAAGUACUUGGAAUAUAAAAUAAGGUUGGAAGAAAGCACUCUUAUAAAACAAUAUCCAUUAGAUCAUAUGAUUAUAAAGGAUCCCUCAUCAAUUGAAAAACAAGGAUGGGAAGUCUUUAGGUCAGUGUAUUUUGACAAACAAAAUGUAAAGCUUGAUGUUGAUAGGUUUAGACCAACAUUGCAAAAAGCCCUUGAGUUAUUGCAUUAAUAGAGUAUGGUUUUUGAUCUAGUAAGUUGGAUUAUUUGGGUUGCCAUGGUUAGUAAUCAGGAAAGAUCUCUGUAAUUUAUUUAUAUGUUUUUGUCCACUGUUUUUUCCUCAAGUAGCAUACAGAAUAUUUGAUUUUGUAUUGGUGGACAUCAAGUGUUUUAGGCAGGGAUUUUGGGACAUCUUGCAAUAACAAAUAGUUUAGGCUGCUGUUGUAUUUGAUUCUACAGUGAAUGCCAAGGAUCUGCAUUAUUAGAGUAUUAAAA